GUUAGCGGUGAGUUCCUUGGCACUGGGUGGAGCGCAGUGACCAAACCCGACGGAUUCCUGCUGGGGCGUGGGCCAGAGGCGGAGCUCGGGGGGACCAGCGGGCACUGCUUCGGCGGACCGCGUAGCGGACAUGGCGAGCUCCCGGGUCCCACAGCAGCUCUUCCUACAGGGUGUGGCCGCUGUCUACACGUUUGCCUUUGUGUCCCUCUACACCCAGAUCCCAGGCCUCUAUGGCCCAGAAGGCAUCCUUCCUGCUCGAAGAACACUGCGUCCCCAAGGCAAGGGUCGGUGGCAGCAGCUGUGGGAAACGCCAACGCUGCUAUGGGAGGCACCAAGACUGGGGCUGGACACUGCCCAGGGCCUGGAUCUACUGACCCUAUUGGGCACCAUGCUAGCACUGGGUGCCCUGCUCCUGAACUCUCUGCGACACCCCUUCAUCUACCUAUUGCUCUGGACUGCUUACCUAUCAGCCUGUCAGGUGGGCCAAGUGUUCCUUUAUUUCCAGUGGGAUUCCCUGCUGCUGGAGACGGGCUUCCUAGCUAUACUAGUAGCCCCACUGAAGACGCCUUCCAACCACAAGGGUGGAUUAGCAAGGACCUUACCCCAUGAGAACCUCCCUUUUUGGCUCGUGCGCUGGCUGCUGUUUCGACUCAUGUUUGCCUCUGGUGUGGUCAAGUUGACCAGCCGCUGCCCUGCGUGGUGGGGACUCACUGCUCUCACCUACCACUACGAGACACAAUGCCUGCCCACACCAGCUGCCUGGUUUGCCCACCACCUGCCAGUCUGGCUGCACAAACUUAGUGUGGUGGCCACCUUCCUCAUCGAGAUUGCAGUGCCCCCUCUGUUCUUUGCCCCUGUUCGACGCCUCCGAUUGACGGCCUUCUAUGCUCAGGUAUUAUUACAGGUCCUGAUUAUCAUUACUGGCAACUACAACUUCUUCAACCUGCUAACCUUGGUGCUUACCACUUCCCUCCUGGAUGACCGUCAUCUAUCUGCUGAGCCUGGCCUCAGAGGCCACAAGAAGGUGCCCACCUCUUGGCCCAAGGCCCUGCUGACCAUGCUAUCCCUACUGCUGGAACUGACUGUCUAUGGGCUGCUGGCCUAUGGCACCGUGCACUACUUUGGCCUGGAAGUUGACUGGCAGCAGCAUAUCAUCCUCUCUAAAACCACCUUCACCUUCCACCAGUUCUCCCAGUGGCUGAAGAUGGUGACUCUGCCUACUGUGUGGCUGGGGGCAGCCUCCCUGGCCUGGGAGUUGCUUAUUGCCCUCUGGAGGUGGAUCCAGGUACAAGGAUGGCUGCGGAAGUUCUUUGCCAGUAUCCAGCUCUCCAUCCUGAGUGUUGCCACGGUGGCCUUGUUCUUGAUCAGCCUAGUACCUUACUCCUAUAUGGAGCCUGGGGCCCACGGGCGUCUCUGGACUGGGGCUCAUCGCCUGUUCAGUUCUGUGGAACAUCUGCAGCUGGCCAACUCAUAUGGCCUCUUCCGUCGGAUGACUGGUCUGGGUGGGCGGCCUGAAGUGGUGCUGGAGGGCAGCUAUGAUGGACACCAUUGGACAGAGAUAGAAUUCAUGUACAAACCUGGGAAUGUGAGCCAACCACCCUCUUUCCUGAUACCCCACCAGCCACGCCUCGAUUGGCAGAUGUGGUUUGCAGCCCUUGGCCCACAUACCCACAGCCCCUGGUUCACCAGCCUGGUGCUACGUCUCCUGCAGGGCAAAGAGCCAGUGAUCCGACUGGUCCAGAACCAUGUUGCCAAGUACCCGUUUCAUGAGCAGCCACCCACCUACCUUCGGGCCCAGCGCUAUAAGUACUGGUUCUCAAAGCCUGGGGAGCACAGCCAAUGGUGGCACCGCCAAUGGGUAGAGGAAUUCUUCCCCUCUGUAUCCUUGGGAGACCCAAUGCUGGAAACACUGCUCCAACAGUUUGGACUUAAGGAGAAGAGUCCACUCCGGGCCCGCAGCCCCAGCAAUGCUCUCACACAGACACUGAACUGGGUGCGGAUGCAGCUGACUCCUCUGGAGCCACCCAUCCUGCUGUGGGGACUCUUGGGGGCUGUGGUGACUGUCAGAGUUGUACAGACCCUACUUGCCCCCCGCCCACUCCAGUCCUCAAAACUGCCUAGAGAGGAAAAACGUAAGCAGACUUCCAAAAAGGAUUCCAGAGCUGCCUCUGAGCAGACUGCCCCCAACAGCAACAGCAGUGACUCUGGGGCCCCCCGGAAGAAAAAAUAGCUUCAUAUGCUGUCAGCCAGCCACAUGUCCUGAUGGAAUCCUUUCCCUAGAAUUCCAUCCAUCUCAUUUCACAGCCCAGCCACUGUGCCUUGGGCAGUCCUGCCAGGGCAGAUACAGGUUGGAGUGCUACUCCUGAGGACUGUUGGUGUUCCCUUGAGCCCUGCUAGUCCCUCAGCACCAACCACAUCCUCCUCUAGUCACCUUCCACUGUGCUGGCAACUAGCCCAGAAGUGGGCAUGUGGCCUCGCUGAGGACUUUCCUGGAACAUUGUAAUCAGUGUACCCAUGGAUCUAGAGGCCUGAAUCUGGAGUCCCUAUCCAGCCCUACUGUGGAGGGGAUGAGCUGGAUUUACUGUGGCUAGGAGUGAAGGGAAGUGGGCCCGUGUGAUGGUGCCCACCUACCCCUCAGACUGUACCAAUAAAGGCACAAUUUGUACAUACCCCUUUGCUGGUGGUUCCUUCUAGAGAGGCCUAAAGACAGUCAGCAUAGACUAGACUGGUUACUGACCCAGCUAAAUGGGCUCCCUCCUUGUCAUUCAGUCUUCUCCAAAAAAUAAACAAAAGGCCUGGUUACAAGAAGCCUAGAUGUGGCAAUAUGGCACAGCCUGGCAGACCUAUACAAUGAGGGCUGUGAGACCAAUGGAGGAAGACGAAACUAAAACCACCCAAGGACCAGGGAAUUUUCC